CCGGGCCGGGAGCGCACCGGGAGCGGGCCGGGCCGCGCCGCGCCGCGCCGGGAUGGAGGCCGUGCCCCGCAUGCCCAUGAUCUGGCUCGACCUCAAGGAGGCCGGCGAGUUCGCCUUCAACGCCGCCGUCAAGAAGUUCGUGCUGAAGAACUACGGGGAGAACCCGGAGAGCUACAACGAGGAGCUGCGGAAGCUGGAGCUGCUCCGGCAGAGCGCCGUCAGCGUUCCCAGGGACUUCGAGGGCUGCAGCACCCUGCGCAAGUACCUGGGGCAGCUGCACUUCCUGCAGAGCCGCAUCCCCAUGGGCCAGGGCCAGGACGCGGCCGUGCCCGUCACCUGGACUGAGAUCUUCUCGGGCAAGGCGGUGACGCACGAGGACAUCAAGUACGAGCAGGCCUGUGUCCUCUACAACCUGGGAGCUCUGCACUCCAUGCUGGGAGCCAUGGACAAGCGCGUGUCCGAGGAGGGCAUGAAGGUUUCCUGCACCCACUUCCAGUGUGCUGCUGGUGCCUUCACCUACCUGCGGGAUCACUUCCCACACUCCUACAGCGUGGACAUGAGCCACCAGAUCCUCAGCCUCAACAUCAACCUCAUGCUGGGCCAGGCACAGGAGUGUCUCCUGGAGAAGUCCAUGCUGGACAACAGGAAAAGCUUCCUCGUGGCCAGGAUCAGUGCCCAGGUGGUGGAUUACUACAAGGAGGCCUGCCGGGCCCUGGAGAACUCGGAGACGGCCUCGCUGCUGGGCAAGAUCCAGAAGGACUGGAAGAAACUGGUUCAAAUGAAAAUCUAUUAUUUUGCUGCCGUGGCCCACCUGCACAUGGGGAAACAGGCCGAGGAGCAGCAGAAGUUUGGGGAAAGGGUCAUCUACUUCCAGAGCGCCCUGGACAAGCUCAACGAGGCCAUCAAGCUGGCCAAGGGCCAGCCUGAAACGGUGCAGGAAGCUCUGAGGUUCACCAUGGAUGUCAUUGGUGGCAAGUACAAUUCGGCCAAAAAGGACAACGACUUCAUCUACCACGAGGCCGUGCCCGCGCUGGACACUCUGCAGUCCGUGAAAGGUGCCCCCCUGGUGAAGGCUCUGCCCGUCAACCCCACCGACCCCGCCGUCACCGGCCCCGACAUCUUUGCCAAGCUGGUGCCCAUGGCUGCCCACGAGGCCUCGUCCCUCUACAGCGAGGAGAAGGCCAAACUGCUGCGGGAUGUGAUGGCCAAGAUCGAAGCCAAGAACGAAGUGCUGGACCAGUUCAUGGACUCCAUGCAGCUGGACCCCGAGACCGUGGACAACCUGGACAUGUACAGCCACAUCCCGCCCGUGCUGAUGGAGAAAUGCGCCGCGCUCAGCGUGCGCCCGGACACCGUGCGCAACCUCGUGCAGUCCAUGCAGGUGCUCUCCGGGGUCUUCACGGACGUGGAGGCGUCGCUGAAGGAGAUCCGGGACCUGCUGGAGGAGGACGAGGCGCAGGAGCGGAAGCUGCAGGAGCUGCUGGGGAGUAUCCCGCCGGCGCCAGGGUCGCCCCCGGGGCUGGCCGAGGUCAGCAAGGAGUGCUCCAAGUACCUGGAGCUGCACGAGAAGGCGAGCUUCACCAACACCGAGCUGCACCGCGCCAUGAACCUGCACCUGGGCAACCUGCGCCUGCUCGGCGGCCCCCUGGAGCAGGUGCGGGCAGCGCUGCCCACCCCGGCCCUCUCCGAAGAGGACAAACAGGUGCUGCAGAACCUGAAGCGCGUCCUGGCCAAGGUGCAGGAGAUGCGGGACCAGCGGCUGUCCCUGGAGCAGCAGCUGCGGGAGAUGAUCCAGAAGGACGACAUCACCACCUCGCUGGUCACCGCCGACCGCUCCGAGAUGAAGAAGCUCUUCGAGGAGCAGCUGAAGAAGUACGACCAGCUCAAGGUGUACCUGGAGCAGAACUUGGCUGCCCAGGAGAACGUGCUCAAGGCCCUGACCGACGCCAACGUCAAAUACGCGGCCGUGCGCAAGGCCCUGGCCGAGGUGGAGCACAAGUGGAACACCACCGUGCAGACCCUGGUGGCCUCCUACGAGGCCUACGAGGACCUGAUGAAGAAGUCCCAGGAGGGGAAGGAUUUCUACACGGACCUGGAGGGGAAGGCGGCCAAGCUGCUGGAGCGGGCGCGGGCGGCGUGCCAGGCCAGCGAGGCCCACCGGCAGCAGCUGCUGGAGAGGGAGCUGAAGAAGCAGCCGCCCCCCCGGCCCACGGCCCCCAAGCCCCCGCUGCAGAAGAAGCCGCCGGAGGAGGCCGGGGGCCCCGAGGCCGCCGAGCUGGGCUCGCUGGCGCUGGCCGAGCUGCCGGAGGAGCUGCGGAGCCUCCCCCCGGAGCUGCUGCCCGGGCCGCCGGGCCCGCCGCCGGCGCUGGCCGCCCUGGCCGGGGGGCUGCGGGCCGCCGAGCCCUACGUGCUGCCCGGGGGGCUGGCCAGCGCCCCGCUGCCCCCCACGCCGCCGUUCCCGGGGCACUACCGCCUGCCCGCGGCUCCCGCCGGCCCCGGCCCCUUUGCGGCGCCCGGGGCGGUCCCGGCGCCGCUGCUGCCGCCCCCGGCCGCUCCCGCCGCCGCCGCCCCGCUCUUCCCGGCCGCGCCGCUGAUCCGCGCCCCGGCGCAGCCGGCCUUCGGAGCGCCCCACGGGCCGGCCCCGCGCUCGUCCCCGCAGCACGGGCCCCUGCCCGGCCCCGCCUUCGGCCUGGGCCCGGCCCCCGGCCCGCUCCGCCCGCCGGGGCCGGCGGCAGCGCCCGCGGGUGCCCAGCCGGGCGGCCCGGAGCCCCCGGGGACGCGCCCGGCCACCACCACGGUGGACAGCGUGCAGGCCCCUAUCUCCAGCUGCCCCGUGCCGCCCCGGGCCCCCGCGGGCCCCUUCCUGCCCCCCCAGCGCCCGCCGGGACCCUUCCCCUACCCCGCGGCGGGGGUCCAGCCCUUCGGGGCGCCGGCUCAGCCCCCGUUCCCCCCGGCACAGCCCCCGCCCGCCUUCGCCCAGGGCCCCCAGCAGUUCCCCCCGGGUCCCUUCCUGCCGCCGGGCCGAGCCCAGGCGCCCCUGCCCUUCCAGCAGCCCCCCCGAGUGCCCCUGGCGCCCCCGGCCCAGUUCCCCCAGCAGCGCUUCGCCGCUCCGGGGGCGCCGCUGCCCCCCCAGCUCUACCCGCUGCCCGGGCAGGACCUCGGCCCGCACCCGGGGGCCGUGCCCUUCCCCAGGACGCAGAGCGGCGCCCCGGCCCUGGCGGGGCUGCAGCCGGUGCCCCCCGGCUCCCCCGCGCUGCCCUUCUGCCCCAGCCCGGCUCCCCCCGGGACCGUGGCCCCGGGGCCGCCCGCCCCGCCCGGCCAGGCCCCUUCUCCCGGCCCGCUGCCGGGCACCGUGGUGCUCCAGGGCCCGCUGGUCCCGUCCCCGGCGCCGUCCCCGUCCCCAGCCCUGCCCGUGCAGCCCGCGGCGCCGCGGCCGCCCGCCGCGCUGCCCCCGCCGGGCUCCGGGGACGCGCCGUUCCCCCGGCAGAGCCCCUGCCCCGCCGACCUGCUGUCGUCCAGCCCCGAGAGCCAGCCCGGCGGCUCGGCCGCGCCCGGGGGGCUGCUGCAGCCCACCAAGGCGGGGGCGCAGGAGGGGCAGCGGCCCCGGGCCGUGCAGCUCAUCGAGGCCGACCCGUACGCGGAGCCCGAGCGCGUCCGGCGGCUGCUGGCCGAGCUGGAGCGGUUCCGCGGCCUGGCCGAGCGGCUGGAGCGGCCCCUGCCCGGCGGCGGCUCCGAGCUGGACGCGCUCUGGAAGGAGCUGCAGGAGGCGCAGGAGCGCGACGCCCGGCAGCGCUCCAUCGCCAUCGCCCGCUGCUACUCCAUGAAGAACCGGCACCAGGACAUCAUGCCCUACGACCGCAACCGCGUCGUGCUGCGCUCGGGCAAGGACGACUACAUCAACGCCAGCCGCGUGGAGGACCUGUCCCCGUACUGCCCCGCCCUCAUCGCCACGCAGGCCCCGCUGCUCGGCACCGCCGCCGACUUCUGGCUCAUGAUCUACGAGCAGAAGGUCUCCGUGGUCGUCAUGCUGGUGUCCGAGCAGGAGCUGGACAAGAAGGUGCUCCGGUACUUCCCGUCGGAGCGGGGCCAGCCCGUGGCCCACGGCGCCCUGACCGUGGUGCUCACCGGCCUGCGGGUCACCCCCACGCACGUGGAGCGGAUGCUGACGCUGCAGUACCGGGACCAGAGCCUCAAGCGCACCGUGGCCCACCUCCAGUUCACCUCCUGGCCUGAGCUGGGCCUGCCCGACAGCAAGGGGAGCCUCCUGCGCUUCGUCCAGGAGGUGCACGGCCAUUACCUGCACCAGCGCCCGCUGCACACGCCGGUCGUGGUGCACUGCAGCUCCGGCGUGGGCCGCACCGGCGCUUUCUGCCUGCUGUACGCCGCCGUGCAGGAGGUGGAGGCCGGGAACGGCAUCCCGGACCUGGCGCAGCUGGUGAGGCGGAUGCGGCAGCAGCGCAAGCACAUGCUGCAGGAGAAGCUGCACCUCAAGUUCUGCUUCGAGGCCGUCCUGCUGCACGCCGAGCAGCUGCUGCUGCGCCACGGCGUGGGCGGCCCCGGCCCGGCCAAGCCCCCCAGCAGCAGCUCCCCCAAGCUCUACUUCCAGCAGGACCCGCAGGACCUGGUGCUGGGCGGGGACGUGCCCAUCAGCUCCAUCCAGGCCACCAUCGCCAAGCUCAGCAUCAAACCGGGCGCGCCCAGCGCCGAGCCCGGCGAGGGCUGGGGGCCGGAUCCCGGCCCAGCCCCGGAGCCCGCGGAGCCCGAGGUGCCGGUGGCGAUUCCUGACGGCGUCGUGGAUGGAGUCGGGGCCCCCGACCCCCCUUCCCCGAGGCCGCCCCUCCCCGAGGCAUCUGGCGAUGCUGAGAGCAGCAACCACGUUGGGGGGGAGAGCCCCGAGGGGCCGGGCGGGCCGCCGGAGCCCCCCGCUGCCCCCGCGGCCUCCUCGUCCUCCUCCCUGGAGCUGCUGGCCUCGCUGACGCCCGAGGCUUUCAGCCUGGACGCGUCCCUCAAGGGCAAACAGCGCAUGAACAAGCAGAACUUCCUGCAGGCGCAGCCGGGCGAGGGGCUCCGGGCGCCCCGGCCCAGCGACGACCCCCUCAGCAUGCUCGACCCCCUCUGGACCCUCAACAAGGCGUGAGGGGGGCGGGGGCCCUCCGGCCCCCAGCCCCACUUGCUCCGACUCCAGGUAGAACUGACUUUUUCAGCUCUUUGCUACUAAAAUAAAGCGAGUUUAUCUGCA